AUGGCUUCUCCAAAACGAGGCAAUGAAAACAGCUCUCUACCCGAGCGGCCUAGGGUACCGCUACCAAACUCUUUGGACAACACACCCAGUGUGAAGCCGGCACUAGAGAAAAAACCUGUAACUCCGGCAGGACGACCUAGAAGAUCGCUAUCGUUUGGGCGAGUUUCCGCUCGCCGGAGUUCUCGGGGCUUCGCUUUCCCUGAUACAAACAUCCGUGCACCUGCCACACCACAUGGUUUGAGGGCUUUUCAGAGACGUGCAGCUGCCAACACUCCAGCGCGGGAAAGAAGAAAAAGUAUUAGAGUGCAGAGAGAGACGCCACUAGAUAUACUAAAGAAUCUUGGAAAAGCUCUUGCACCUACCAGUGAGAUCAUCAAGUCAUCCCCUUCAAACGAGACGGAAGUGGAACCACAGGGAAGUGAUGAAUUGGAUCGAGAUUCAGACAUAUCAGUCCCCAGACUCUCGCUGCCCAUGGAAGAAAUGAACGUCAUAGACGAUGACGAUGGUAGCCCUGAAAUUGUGCCGCCUCGAUUAUCACUCCUUUUCGACGAAGAUGACAUUACACAGAGGUCUAUUGAAAUGCCACGCAGGGAAAGGACCGCACACGAGUCCGCAAUAAUGUCCAGGCACAGUUUGACCAGUACGAGGUUUAGUGAACACUUUGGGGACGCAAGCCGAAUGGAAGACACCGAGGAAGGCUUAGAAUUAGAGGAACAAUAUGGUAGUUUCGCGCAGGAUGAACUGGAUAUCACUACAGAACACCCUAUUCUUGACGCAGGUGGCGAAACGGAGGACCUGCGACGAUUCAAUUUUGACUUUUCCUUUCCGACUCCUGACGCUCCGCAAUUUACCGAGGUUCAACCAGAAGACUUUGUGUUGGACGCCACGUUGCCGCUUCUCGAUUAUGUGGCCAUUUCUUCUGAUAGUGAUUUUGGGGCAGAAGGCCUGGAACCGAUUGUAGCAGAAGUCUUGCCUGAAGCAUCACCUCCUCAGAGAUCCCCUCAGGAAGGAUCCGUAGAUGUACCAUGGCAUAGCUUAUCUCCGAAAACUAAGAAGACACUGAAGCUUUCGAAACAUGGUACAUCUGUACCAACCCUGCCUCGCGGCAUCAUAAAGCGGCUGGCUACUCGGUUUGCUAGAACAAGUAGUGCUGGCAAAACGAAAAUACCAAAAGAAAGCCUCGCUGCGCUUGAACGUGCCACUGAGUGGUUUUUCGAGCAAACAAGCGAAGAUCUGACCGCAUACUCGAAACACUCGAAUAGGAAGAAGAUAGACGAAUCAGACAUUAUAGCUCUCAUGAGAAGGUUCUGA